CAGAGGAGGGUUAAAGGAAGGAGACUCUCAGCUGUUUCCUCUCUCUCUCUGUCCCCCACCCCCACACCCUGUCAGCCCGCUUGGAAGUUUGGCAGCCCAUGGAUUAGUUUGUGUGUGUGUGCGCGUCCAGCCAUGGGGAACAGACUGACGCCGAUAUCAGUGCCGGGCCACCUCCCUCCGCCUCUCGUUCGGAGCGGCAAGGCUGCCCGGUGGUUAGCGGGACUGUUCCCCAGGCUCCUGACCGGCCUAUGGAGCUGGCUGAAGCGGCCACUGAAUCUGGUCGGGAGCCGGGAGCCGGCGGCAGUGGUGGCGGCGGCGGCGGCGGGGAGGACGGGGGAGCAGGGACCGUGCCAGUCCCGGGCCAGCCUCGACCGCGACCACCUGGAGAUUUCUUUCAACCUGAUCCGGCACCUCUUCGACCUGUGCGUGGUGGCUUUCCUGUGCCUGGCCUCGCCUGUCUUUCGGGUGGCCCUGGACGUGCUGGGACUGCGGCGCUUGGCCGGCCUCUGGCUGCACGGGAUGGGCCUCUUUCUGGUCACCUCCUACGGGAUGUCGCUGGUGCUGUGGCUGCUCCAGACCUACCUGGCGCCGCUCGCCCUCGCCUACGGGGCGCUGCAGCUGCUCGUGCUCGGCGUCAGCCUGCGCCCGGAGCAGCCGCACGACGAGGAGCCGGCGGAGGACGGGGCGGACUCGGUACCGGAGCGGUCAGCAUCGGAACAGGCGGGACUCUGAGGGAGAAGUACUUUUUCACCGACAUUCUCCAUGGGACCAGCAAUUUGUCUCUGAAUGGGGCCAUGGUUCUGCCGAGGGUUUACCUGCUGCGGUCGGGCCUGGUGGCUCUCAACAGGCCUAGGACUUGACUGUUUGGCGACUGAAGGUUUGCCACUUUGCUGGAGAUUCAGGGAGAUGACGGCCUGCCAGCAGUGAACUGUCUGCGACUGGCACAGCUGGUUCUUGUCUUGGGGAGGAGAUCCUGUUGCCAGGCUGGAGAGGGGGCCUCUUCCCAAGACUCUGCACCUCAGUGUCAAGAAGCAUAUCAACUGUGCUGCUCCUUUCUGGAACAUUCCUCAUUUCCAACAAGUAUUUUAUAUAUAAAAAUGAAUAAAACCCCGAGAAUGCUGUACAUUGCUCGAGGAUGUAGAUGAACAGAUGAAUAUGUGGAUGUUCUGCAGAUCUCUUUCAGCUGACUGUGGUACGGGAUUAAUGCUGUAACCCCUUCUCCUCCACUGGUGAAGGAUCCACUCUUCCUGGGUGAUUGCACAGGGUGUAAACCUGCCCACUCUUUACCUGCUGGCUCCUGGGUAGCCAAUGCAGGGGAAAGCACCCACCCCCCACUUUAACUCGGGAGUCCCUGCUGGGGCUCUCAGAGGACAAGCAGUGAACCACACAACAUCCGGUCUGUCUCUCAUGGUCCAUUCACCAGCGUGCCCUCAUUUGAUGCUGCGAACCGCCUGCUGGUAACUUCCUGGGACCUGAAUGCAAAUAUUUGUAUUGUACUAAGACUUGGUGUGAAUGACAGGUUCGGUGUGCUGACACAUAAAAUAACUCUCCCUCAGGAGAGAGUUAAAGGCUGGAGUCUAAUCAAGGGGGCUCAGGGGGGUUAUAUAUAAUGUACCUCUAGGAUCAAAACAAGGGGUUUCUAAAAAGAAUAAUGGAUCCCUGGGAGUGUGUUACAGGCUGGAAUGUAAUCCAGAGGUUCAGAGUGUUUAUAUAUAGAAUAAUGUUUCUCCUCUCACACACGAGGAAUUCUGCAGAUGCCGGAAAUUCAAGCAACACACAUCAAAGUUGCUGGUGAACGCAGCAGGCCAGGCAG